AGACCUUAGUCAACAACUAGAACAUGGUAGGUACUGGUUUCUCUAUCAGUCUGAUGGCGAAGGCGAACCCAAUUUCAAAUGCACGCCGGCGGGCCGGAACCAAAGCGUUGGCGCUGCAAUUUCCGGGCGGAUGCCUGAGUCUGUUACGAUGGAUCGAUUGUUUUUGCCUGGCGGAGGCCUCUCAGGAGAGGACCGCGAACUUGGGUGUCCGUAAAGGCACGUCCUGGGCUGGGGGAGCUUGAGGUCUUGGGGUAGCAUGAAUCGCUGAGAUUCGGAAGGCCGCGCUGGGCCUGCUUUAGAGGGCGUCCAAGUGAGUCGGAGAGUUCAGUCAUGUUUGUACACGUGAUGACGUGCGCCUUGCGCAAGAACAAGACCCUUCGCUACGGUGUCCCUCUGUUGGUGACAAGAGUUGGCGAGAGCUGCUCCAGAAUGUAAACUUCAACUUGAUUGUCUGCUCCUGCCUCUUCUUAACUGCUGUCAGAUUAUACAGUCCUAGGGCCGUGAAAUGCUGGCACCUGGGUACAGCGGCACCUGUGAACAGUAACACUAUGGCUUGUGUGGAAUGAAGAGCGAAUGGUAGUAGCAAAAGCAGGCAGGGCUGCUGCUUGGGAAGUACCUGAGGCCCCACGUUUGCAGAGGCACCAACUUAUGGAGUCCUGGGACAUAAUAACGUUUCCUCCCAGCUUGAAAAUGAAGUUUGUGGCUCUUGUUCCUAAUGCUGAUGAUAAAUAUCUUGCUUGCUGGCUUUUCUGUGAAAAUCUCCUUGACUUGUAGCACAACCAGAAAUAAAGGAAUAAAUAAUGGCAGAAACGGAAGAUGUGUUUGGUGGAGACUCAGUUUCGGAAUUGCAGGCGGCGUCUCCUGAGGACAAGGGGUGUCGGUGCCGGUGCCGCGCGCCCUCCUGCCCGCCCUCCCCGCCUGCUGCCCGGGAGCUCCGGACUCCGCGGAAUCCAGGUCUCUGGCCUGUCAGGAGGACCAUCGGUGCUGCAGUGGAAGCCAGCGGUUAAGUCUCGUGUAUGGCGUGGUUAAGGUUGCAGCCUCUCACUUCUGCCUUCCUCCAUUUUGGGCUGAUUACCUUUGUGCUCUUCCUGAAUGGUCUUCGGGCAGAGGCUGGUGGCUCAGGGGAUGUGCCCAGCACAGGGCAGAACAAUGAGUCCUGUUCUGGGUCAUCAGACUGCAAGGAGGGUGUCAUCUUACCAAUCUGGUACCCGGAGAACCCUUCCCUCGGGGACAAGAUUGCCAGGGUCAUUGUUUACUUUGUGGCUCUGAUAUACAUGUUCCUUGGGGUAUCCAUCAUUGCCGACCGCUUCAUGGCAUCUAUUGAAGUCAUCACUUCUCAAGAGAGAGAGGUGACUAUCAAAAAGCCCAAUGGAGAGACAAGUACAACAACGAUUCGGGUGUGGAACGAAACUGUCUCUAACCUGACCCUUAUGGCCCUGGGUUCCUCUGCUCCUGAGAUCCUCCUCUCUUUAAUUGAGGUGUGUGGUCAUGGGUUCAUUGCUGGUGAUCUGGGACCUUCUACCAUCGUAGGCAGUGCAGCUUUCAACAUGUUCAUCAUCAUUGGCAUCUGCGUCUACGUGAUCCCCGAUGGAGAGACUCGUAAGAUCAAGCACCUGCGAGUCUUCUUCGUCACUGCCGCCUGGAGCAUCUUUGCCUACAUCUGGCUCUAUAUGAUCCUGGCAGUCUUCUCUCCUGGUGUGGUCCAGGUUUGGGAAGGCCUCCUCACUCUCUUCUUUUUUCCAAUAUGUGUCCUUCUGGCCUGGGUGGCAGAUAGGCGACUGCUCUUCUACAAAUACAUGCACAAAAGGUACCGCACAGAUAAACACCGAGGAAUUAUCAUAGAGACAGAGGGUGACCACCCCAAGGGCAUUGAGAUGGAUGGAAAAAUGAUGAAUUCCCACUUCCUUGAUGGGAACCUGGUGCCCCUAGAAGGGAAGGAAGUGGAUGAGUCCCGCAGGGAGAUGAUCCGGAUUCUCAAGGAUCUGAAGCAAAAACACCCAGAGAAGGACUUAGAUCAGCUCGUAGAGAUGGCCAACUACUAUGCUCUUUCCCAUCAACAGAAGAGCCGCGCCUUCUACCGGAUCCAAGCCACCCGUAUGAUGACUGGCGCAGGCAAUAUCCUGAAGAAACAUGCAGCAGAACAAGCCAAAAAGGCCUCCAGCAUGAGUGAGGUACACACUGAUGAGCCUGAGGAUUUUGUCUCCAAGGUCUUCUUUGACCCAUGCUCUUACCAGUGCCUGGAGAACUGCGGGGCCGUACUCCUGACAGUGGUAAGGAAAGGAGGGGACACAUCCAAGACCAUGUAUGUGGACUACAAAACAGAGGAUGGUUCUGCCAAUGCAGGGGCUGACUAUGAGUACACAGAGGGCACUGUGAUUUUGAAGCCAGGAGAGACCCAGAAGGAGUUCUCUGUGGGCAUCAUUGACGAUGACAUUUUUGAGGAGGACGAACACUUCUUUGUGAGGUUGAGCAAUGUCCGCAUAGAGGAGGAGCAGCCAGAGGAGGGGAUGUCUCCAACAAUACUCAAUUGUCUUCCCUUGCCUCGGGCUGUGCUGGUGUCCCCUUGUGUGGCCACAGUCACUAUUUUGGAUGAUGACCAUGCAGGCAUCUUCACUUUUGAAUGUGACACUAUUCAUAUCAGUGAGAGUAUCGGUGUCAUGGAGGUCAAGGUUCUGCGGACAUCAGGUGCCCGGGGCACAGUCAUCGUCCCCUUUAGGACAGUAGAAGGGACAGCCAAGGGUGGUGGUGAGGAUUUUGAAGACAUGUAUGGGGAGUUGGAGUUCAAGAAUGAUGAAACUGUCAAAACAAUUCACAUCAAGGUAAUUGAUGAUGAGGCGUAUGAGAAAAACAAGAAUUACUUCAUUGAGCUGAUGGGCCCCCGCAUGGUGGAUAUGAGUUUUCAGAAAGCGCUCCUGUUGUCUCCAGAGGUGACAGACAGGAAGCUGACUGUGGAGGAAGAGGAAGCCAAGAGGAUAGCAGAGAUGGGAAAGCCAGUACUGGGAGAACACCCCAAACUAGAGGUCAUCAUUGAAGAGUCCUAUGAGUUCAAGAGUACAGUGGACAAACUGAUCAAGAAGACAAACCUGGCCUUGGUUGUGGGGACGCAUUCCUGGAGGGACCAAUUCAUGGAGGCCAUCACUGUCAGUGCAGGGGACGAGGACGAGGAUGAGUCAGGCGAGGAGAGGCUGCCAUCCUGCUUUGACUACGUCAUGCACUUCCUGACAGUCUUCUGGAAGGUGCUGUUUGCCUGCGUGCCCCCCACAGAGUACUGCCACGGCUGGGCCUGCUUCGUCGUCUCCAUUCUCAUCAUCGGCAUGCUCACAGCCGUCAUCGGGGACCUGGCCUCUCACUUUGGCUGCACCAUUGGCCUCAAGGACUCAGUCACAGCUGUUAUUUUCGUGGCGUUAGGCACCUCGGUGCCAGAUACAUUUGCCAGCAAAGCCGCCGCCAUCCAGGAUGUGUACGCAGAUGCGUCCAUUGGCAACGUCACGGGUAGCAACGCCGUCAACGUCUUCCUGGGCAUUGGCCUGGCCUGGUCCGUGGCCGCCAUCUACUGGGCCCUUCAGGGACAGGAGUUCCAUGUGUCCGCCGGCACGCUGGCCUUCUCUGUCACCCUCUUCACCAUCUUCGCGUUCGUCUGCGUCAGUGUGCUCCUGUACCGCCGGAGGCCCCACCUGGGCGGGGAGCUUGGCGGCCCGCGUGGCUGCAAGCUUGCCACGACUUGGCUCUUUGUGAGCCUGUGGCUCCUCUACAUACUCUUUGCCACGCUGGAGGCCUACUGCUACAUCAAGGGGUUCUGAGCCACAGACCAGGCCUCCAGCAGGGCAGACCUAGGACCCCUCCUGAGAGAAGGGCACUCCCCUCCAGGGACCUCUCCGGGAUCAGCAGCCCUGGAGAGGCAGCUUCGGGACUCGAGCCCCAGGAACUUCACCAGACCUGGCAGUGAACUGAAAGGGCAGAGUCUUAAUCAGUCAAACAAAACGGAGGAAACACCCACCUUACCAAGUAUUUAAUUCAAUACAAACCAACAACAGCAACAGAUCCACUUCCACCCACGUCCCUGACCUAUAGCAAAGAGCAGACCCUUUCACCAUCUUCUAUUUCGCCUUUUCUGAUUAUUCCUGUGCUUCUACUUUCCUUGGGGGCAGGGUUUCUCCUGUCUGUCCAGUUUGAUGCAUCACUGUUCUCUCGCUCAGCUGGUAGGGCGUGAAAAUGAGUCAUAGCCAUGUGGCUGGUUUGGGGUUCUCUUUUCAUUGUAAUCAUUAUUGUGGUUGCUUUCUUUUUCCAUCAGGUUUUGUUCAUUGUUUGUUUGUUCAUUUUGUAUUUUCUUUCUGAGGUUAGUAACAAAGGUGCUGUGAAGGAAUUCAAGGUCUGAGCCAACGGAUAGAGGCAUUAAUUUUUAGACACAUACUCUCCCACUCUUACUGGGUAACAGCUGUUUCUUGCCUCCAUCAAGGUCCUGUUCCCUACAUCCUUUUUUCCUAUGAAUUCUUAAGUAAACUGAUGAUGUUUGGGUGGAAGUAAGUUUGCACGUCCACACAGGGCACUAAAGAAUGGGGUGGGGGUGGGGGUGGCAGUGGCUGGAGCAGGAGGAGCUUUAUAUGCUUAGGUCAAAAUCAAAUCUAAAAGAAAAAGUCAUUGUUCUCUUCCCUGCCCAAGCCUUUCAAAUUCUGUCCCGUGGUGUCAAUGUUUAUCCUUCAGGAAGAAUCACCAAGUGGCAGAUAUGGGACAAAAAUAGGAAUGGUGAUGACAGAGGGCAGCUGGGGAAACAAAGGGACUUUUGCCUUCUUGAGUAUCUUUGGCUUUGAAUCUGAGGCAAGAGAGAAGGGAUGUCCCACUAGUGAGAUCUUUAAGGGGAAAGAUUAUAUUUAAAAUGUCAGUGCUCCUGAGAAAGGUCAGCUGCACCACCUCUCACUGUCUGAUGCACCAUACUAAGAGGUCUGACUACAUUUCUUGAGGUAAUACAAAAACUUAGAGGUUUAUAAGAAAAUAAGGGGCUCUUUCCAUCUCUCUUGGACCCCCAGGUCAUGUUUGAAAGCAUUUUCACAAGAUAGGAACUGGAAUUCCUCAUCUCUCCCACAUUCCUGCUUGUUUUUAAACCUCCUGAAGCUCUUUUUCCAGCCUGUGGGCUAUUUCUUGCCCCAGUAGGAGGAAUCUUAGUUGCCAUAAUAUCAUGGAGCCUGGGUUUAGAGAAAAAGAGAUUGCCGUGCCCUACAGACCUAUUCCCAAUAAAUUUUGAAGGGACCUGGCUUUAAAACACACACGCACACACACACGAAAUCACUACCAAACUGCCCACAGAUCUUUAGGCUUUCUGCAUUGACAUAAAUGCAUUUUUUAAGGGGAAAAAAUAAAACACCUGUUUAAUUUUAAACACAUUUUAUAAGAAAAAAAAUAACUAAAAAAGAAGCAGUGCUCAUGUCAUAAGCUAUGUUGACAGUUGACAGUGGAAAUGUUGGGUUGGUUUAAAAAAAAAUAAAAGCUAUACUUAUAUCUCUCUAAAUACA